AGCGACCAAUGAGAAAUCACCACAUGUACAUGAAGAGGUAUAAAAGAUCACCGACUAGCUGCCUGCAACACGCCCCGAGUAGUCUCACCAUUGCAGUCACCACUUUCACCUGAGGAAAGACAAGAGGCCGCGAGUUCUCACUCCACAAGACCAACAUGACAACAACACAUCAGCUGAUGGCCGCCGCCUUCUACCUGUGCGGGCUUUUCUUUCUUUACCACAUCGACUGUGUGAACAGCGUAAGAUGCAAGUUUUGUGACUUUGCUAACCCUGACUGUAAUUCUGGCAACGUGCCAGAUGUUGAGUGCCUACCCAACCAACUCUGCAGCGUUGUUAGACUUUUCUCCCCAGAAGUACCUAGUAAGACAUCACGUGGCUGCUCAGAGCAUAAAGAAGGUUCCUCCUGCACUGAACAUCCGGAUUCUGAGAAACGGUGUGUGCUCAUUUGCGCCACAGACAACUGUAACAGCGCAACCAAUCUUGGUGAAGAAUGAGAGAAGGACUGCAUUUACCUUGAUCAUUUUUGUCAGAAAACGCCACUGACACAAAAAAACUAUGCGUUUAGUCUUUUUAUUUUAUAAUAGGAAAUAUAGAGAAAAAUUACUCCUCAAUACAAUUUUAUCCAUAAAAACACAAUAUUAUAAACCAUGUAAUCGAACUCAAAAAUCGUCUUCUGUUUUUAUUGUUUCUUGCUAUGCAUCAUCGUAAAAACUUUAAAAAGACAUUUAAAAGACUAAAUUAUUAUGUUUGCUCUUAUUUCUUUUGUUGUUUCACUCAGCGACACCAUCACGCUGUGUAGACAACUCAGUUGUCAGUCACUCGUUGAAUCCUUUUCACUUUGCUGUCAUUCAGAUGCAAACUGAAGUUUGUCAAUAAACACUUUG